AUGCGGGGUUUAUGCAGUAAAGGAAUAAGAGAAAAAGAAGAAGAAGAAUAUGAGAAGAUAAAGCUUUCUAUUAGGGGAAGCAGCUCUUUACGUGGAGGGGCUGUUGUUGUAGCUCGUGGUUGUCUUUCUUUAAAGGUACUUUCUUUGUGGAAUGUUCCGCGUGUUGGAGAUAAAGGUCUAUGUGAGAUAGCUGAAGAAAGGUUAAUUGCCAUCGUUGCCAAUUGCCAUAAUUUGACUGUGUUGAGCAUCAAAUCUUGCCCAAAGAUUGGUAAUGAGGGCCUCCAAGCUAUCAAAAAGCUUUGCCCCAAGCUGCAAUCCAUCUCUAUCAAUGAUUGCCCACUUAUUGGGGAUCAUGGAGUCUCACGCCUGUUGUCAUCAGCAUCUUUCGUCUUUUCAAAGGUUAAGCUACAUGGUUUGAGCAUAGCGAAUUUUUCUCUUGCUGUGAUCGGGCACUAUGGCAAGUUUGUGACUAAUCUAAUGCUGAGUGGUCUACAAAAUGUGAGCAAGAAUGGAUUUUGGGUGAUGGGGGUAACUAACGUAAGUCUUGAAGCCAUCGAAAAAGAAUGCGUUAACCUGAAGCAGAUGUGCCUUCGCAAGUGUUGCUUCGUUUCUAGUGAUGGAUUCGUGGCUUUUGCCAAGUUUGUUGGUUCUCUUAAGUGCUUGCAGUUGGAGGAGUGCAACAGGGACACUCAAUCUAGGGUUACUGGUGUUCUCUCAAACCAGAAUCCUUGUUGUCCUUAA